AAUAUCCUUUGUAAGGUCACGCCCACCUAAAGCUCUGUACUGUUUGUCCUGAUAAAUCUGAUGAAGGAAUGGCUGCUAGAGCAGUGCUGGCCAAUAAUUGGUCGGACUGGGAGGAUGUGUUGAAACCAAGCUCUGACAAUUCCGUGCAGGUCAUCUCCCUGCAUGAUGAACAUGGUGGUUAUGAUAUCGAUCUGGUGGGAGGGCAGGAUGCCGUGGACGAUCUGCUCUGUGACGUCUGCUCUAAGCUUCUACGAGACCCUCGACUGACGCUGUGCUGUGGGAAGCAUUAUUGUGAGACAUGUUUGGAACGCUGGCUAGAAAAACAGGAUUCAACAAACAGUUGUCCUCAGUGUCGGAAGACCCCCUUUGAGCAUGUGCUGGACAAGUGUAUGAAGAGGAAAAUCAAUGCGAUUAAGGUGGUCUGUCUCCAUCAGGAGGACGGGUGUGACUGGGAGGGGGAACUAGGGACCAUUGAAACACAUCUCGAUUCUGGAUCUGGCUGUGGCUACAUUCCAAUCUCUUGCCCUAAUCAUUGCAAGUCCAUUCUGAAUCGAAUGAGCAUUCAAGUGCACCUAACAAGCACAUGUGAACUGAGAGAGUACAAAUGUGAGCAUUGUGGCUUGAACACACGCUAUAAUAAAAUAACAGAACACUAUGAAUCAUGUAAAGAAUUUCCGAUGCCGUGUCUCAAAGAAUGUGGCGAGCUCGUCAAACAAAAAUACUUGGCUGCCCACAAACACAAGUGUGCAAUGGAGGAGGUUGAAUGUCCAUUCAUGUGUGUUGGUUGUUAUACUCCUGUGAUGAGAAAAGACUUUGAGGAACAUUUGAAGCAAGAGACGCAUACUCACCUCUCAUACUUUAUGGAGCCCUUCACUACGCUCAAGUCCAGUGUGAACACGCUGACCACGAAUGUGAAUGAACUGUGUGCCCAUCAGAUGGAGGACAGGCGAAGGAUCGAUGAGCUACAGAGAAGACUGGUACUAGUUACAGAGAGUCUACAUACACAAGAUCUGAAGCAAGAAUCAACCUGGUACUAUAUGAAAAUUGGAUUUGUUGUGCUGUUCGUGCUAUUAGUCUGUGCUUUUAUAGCCAAGUAGGCAGAUACAUUCUUGCACAUAGUUAGUACUUUUGUGACUUUUGUAGCUUAAUUGUCUUAAUUUGUGCUUUGUGUACAUUCCAUACAACACUAUACCUCUUAGUUCCUGUAGCAAAAUUGUAAUACAUAUACACAAUGUAUACAACUUGAUAUCGGAUAUAAUUAUUGGAGAUAAAUUGAAGUAUACAUUUCACAUACAGGAUGAUUGCGUGCUACCCGGUACCCUUGUUAAACAUGAUACACAUUGUUGCAACCAUAAUCUUAACUCCCACCACUCAUCAGAGUAGUAACCGUUUUAGUCAAGUUAUCUCUAGCUAUAAUAACUGUUUACUUUGUUCGAAAUACAUUUCACUGUCAGUUUACUGUAAGGCACUGCUCUGACCGUAUAUGGCCACUUCUGGAACCUACAACAACUGAAACUCUAUAUAGAGUGGAGUAGUUCGUAAACAAUAAAGAUGGCAGAAGGUGGCAUUUCAGAGAAGAUCACUUGGCCUACAGAAUGCCCCUUUGCUGAAGUGGGGUGCACUGUUUGCCUGUUCAAUUGUCAGGAGUAUAAUCAUCACUUAGCUCUCAACAUUGAGCAACACCUUCAAUUGGUGAUGGACUUACAUAAAGAGAGUGAGGUCAUCUCUCCACUGCAGAAACUCAAUACUAUAAGAUCUGAGAUAGAGUACCUUGAAGGGACACUGGAGAGCUUGGGAGUGAGGGAGCUCCCUGCUCUGGAAUGCAUAAAGACGCAAAUGAAACAGCCGAGUGUAGAAAUUUCCAGUCUAGGCGACAAGAUCGCCUUCAGGAUGUCUGGAUUCAUAAAGCUCAAGGAGUUAUCACAGAAAUGGUGCAGUCCUCUGCUUACUCUCCGUGGGAAGCACCAACUUCGUUUGAUUGUCUGUCCCACUGGCACUGGUGCUGGUUAUGGGACCCAUCUCUCGGUGACUCUUGUGUCUCCGCUAGUAGGUGAGGGACUCGAAUGGCCAAUAGUACUGCCACGACAUCUCGGUGUAAAAGUGGAGCUAUUGGUGGAGACAGACGGUAGUGUAUCAGUCAAUGAAGACUCCUCUGGAUCUGAGAGUAGCUACACAAUGGGCGAGUCUCGUACACACACCUUCACUUGGCGACCAAGAGUGCCUAAAAUAUCAUCAAGUCGACAGUUGUCUAAUUCCCAGCUACGCGAGAAAGAGAAACGAGCGGAUGAUAGAGAAAUACAACGUCGAGUAUCAAGGAUUCUGCCCCCCUGGUGCCAACCACCCCCCACAGUGGAAGCAGCAGAACCAAAUCCACCUAAACCACUUCAGAGUAAUGAACCUGAUGUGGUGACAACUUAUCCACAAAAGAAGAAGUUGAGAAGGGAAGGAUUAAGUGAAGAUAUGAAACUAGAUAAGGAUGGAGUUACUCUGUUCUCAGAUGAAAUGUUUGCCACACAAGAGGAAAUUGAAGAUGUCAUUAGAGAGUUUAAUUCCCUUGUAUUUCAGAUAAGUAUUUGUUUAAUGCCAAUUACCCACAAGACAGACAAUUAGCUAUACAUACAUGUUGUCAUUUUUUUAUACACAAUAGUUAAUCUGAACAUUGUAA